GUCCAUAUAUAGACGAUCAGGAUUAUGAAAAAACACGUUCUGUUUUUCUGUACGCUCUUCACGCCUUUCUUACUGGUUCUGCUUAUACACAUACAUUGGCUGAUGCAGGGAUGUUCUGGAAGUUCCACAGGAGGCAUGGCUGAUCUGACAUGGCGAGAAGCCGAACUAUUGUUCAAAACAUUCGUGCCGAAAGAGAGAUACAAUUGUAAAAAUAUUGUAAAAGUUGGUCGCACUCCCGAGAAAAGAAAUGGAGAAGGCAUCUACCCUACUUGCAUGGACGAGACAUAUGAAGUGAAGGUGCCAUGCAUCGUGUACGCAUUUGGUAUUGCUGGUCAAUGGGAAUUCGAGGAUGACUUUGCCAGACGCGGAUGCCAGGUGUUUGCAUUUGAUCCCAGUAUGAAUACUGAUAGCCACAAACGAGCUGACAACAUUUGGUUCUACAACAUAGGCAUUGGCACCAUCGACACUGAUACUUUCACUCCUCGUGUAGAUAAUUACGUCAAAAAAUCAAAGCUUUUCACCUGGAAAGUGCGAACGAUGGAAUCAAUCAUGAAAAUGCUCGGACACACAAAUAGUACGAUUGAUGUGCUCAAAAUGGACGUAGAAAGUUACGAAUUUGAUAUCCUCUCGAGAAUGAUGGAAGAUGGUACUUUAAAGCAAGUGCGACAGGUUCUUAGUGAAUGGCAUAUAUUUGGAGAUCAGAAAUAUGACUAUCCUACGAAGUAUUCAAUUGCAAAACAGUUUUGGAAGUAUGGAUUUCAGGCCUUUAGUGUUGUAGAACAUGAUCCUAAUUAUCCUUCAACUAUUUGUAAACAGUAUUGUUUCCAAAUCGAUUUUGGUUUUGUUAAUACAAAAUACAAAUAACUAU